CUGGGUGGAUGGAUUAUUUCGAACUGCUGACUGUGUUGUGUCUAUUGUCACAAUAACAAUAACAAAGCUACUUUGUUCCUGAGAUAUCUGGGCAUGGAUCAGCCAUAACUAUACUCUAUAGUUUUCAAUAAUGUGUUGCACUUUAUAAUAACUCCAUUGCGUUUACUUUUUGAAGUAUCACUGUAAUGAUUGGUUUGUGAACGAACUUUGAAUUGACAAGAAAGUACAUCCAAUUGAUUCUGGUGAAGAUGGCUCAGGUUGGAGUUGACAAAUCCCAGAAAUAUGACCGGCAGCUGAGACUGUGGGGUGAUCAUGGGCAGAAGGCACUGGAGUCAUCUCAUGUUUGCUUAGUCAACGCGUCAUCCGUUGGUACCGAGGUGCUGAAGAGCCUUGUCCUGCCUGGUCUUGGCAAGUUUUCUAUCGUUGAUGAGAACCGUGUCUCAGGCGCUGAUGCUGGAUGCAACUUUUUCCUACCUGCCUCUGAGAUCGGAAAGUCUCGUGCUGAAGUGGCAUGCAAGUACCUAUGCGAAAUGAAUGAGGAUGUAGAAGGCUCGGCAGUGGAGUUGAGCACAGAAAACCUCUUAGCUAAGGAUGUGGACUACUUCAAGCAGUUUUCAUGUGUCAUCGCAACGCACCUGCCAGAAAGGGAUUUGGUUCGGCUAUCUGAAGCUUGUUGGCGAAGCAACGUUCCCCUGUUGAUCGUACAGUGCUGUGGCUUUGUUGCCUAUGUGAGAUUACAAGUAGCAGAACAUUGUGUGGUCGAAGCUCGUCCUGACAAUGCACCAGAAGACUUGCGGCUAGAUCGACCAUUUCCUGCGUUGACCGAGUUCCUCCAUACUCAAAACCUUUCCACUAUGGAUCGAAAGACUCACUCUCAUACGCCAUACGUUGUACUUCUGCACAAGUUUUUGGAGCAGUGGAAGGAAGAGCAUGGUACAUCUAUGCCAUCCAAUUACAAAGAGAAGACUGAAUUCAAGAAGAUGCUCAGAAAAGGUAUUCAAGUAGAUGAAAACGGUGUUCCGGCGGAUGAGGAAAACUUUGAUGAAGCGCUAGCCAAGGCCAAUGGAUGCCUCAAGCUGACAUCAGUGCCAAGUGACGUGCUUGCUAUCUUGCACGACCCAUGCAUGGAAAAUCUCAGUGCUUCUUCCUCAAACUUCUGGGUAUUGGUGAACGCACUAGGUGUAUUUGCAGCAGAAGAAGGAUGUCUUCCAUUGCGUGGCUCACUGCCAGACAUGACAGCGGAUAGUGAGCGCUACAUCACCAUCCAGACCAUCUAUCGACAGAAGGCAGCGGAGGAUGCAGAUCGUGUGUGGCGCCAUGCACAGAGUAUAUGUCGGGAACUCAAGAAGGAUCCGUCGUCGAUAUCGCAGGAAGAGACCAAAGUGUUCUGCAAAAACGCGGCCUUUUUGCGCGUGUUGCGCUCUCGAUCAUUCGCUGAAGAAGUGCAGAAACCAUCAAUGCUAUCAGCAGAUAUUGAUGAUGGUCUCGGUCGAGAGGAUCCUCACAUGAACAUUUAUCUCUUCAUUCGAGCAGCAUUCCGCUUCUAUGAGCAACACGGACACUACCCUGGUGGGGAAGAAGAUGACCUGCUACUGUUCAAGGAGCUUGUUACCACAAUGACAACCGAAUGGAAUGUCUCUGCGCCAUCUUGUGAGGCAACAAUGACAAGCUUGGUUGCCAGCAAGGGAUCGGAACUGCCUUCGGUAACCGGAUUUGUUGGAGCUCUCGUCUCUCAAGAGGUCAUCAAACUGCUUACAUGCCAGUUCAUGCCCUUCAACAACACUCUGAUCUAUUCGGCAAAGCUGGCAAGCACCGCAACAUUUCAACUCUAGACCUCAUUAUUGAUAUUCACUGAAUCCUAGGAUAGGUACACUGCUACAUGUAUUGGCUUUUCAGAUCUUUUUCUCUUUUUUUUAUAGCUUUGCAGUGCAUCAUUUAGUUGUGCAUCCGCAUCCUUUUAUUCUCAUAUUCAAGCUGAUAAUAUUGAUACCAACAGCCUUCUGAAAACUUCUACUUUUUACUGAACUCAUUGAUAUAUGCCGGUAACACAUGAGAUGCACAUGCGAAAAUUUCUGCACGACUUUGUAAUUAGACCUGUGGAUUUGUGUUGCAUCAAAUGUGAGAUGUUAUCCACCGCUAAGUUGUGUUAAAUUCUAUUUGAAUUUUCAGUAAAUGAAUUUUGAGUGGGUAGCCAUGCAGUUGUUGCAGUUCAUACUUCCUGCUGGACUACAUUGUAAAUGUAAGAAUUGUGACCUUCA